AUGGCUGCAUCAACAGCAGCAACUCUCUCUCUUCGUUCGGUCUCAUCAUCCAGUACCCAAAAUGGGUCUGGAGCAAAAGCUAAACCGUUCGCAAUGAGUUUGAGCACCCCAAAGGCAUUAACCAGCUUCUGUGGUCUCAAGGCUACCUCUUCCAUAAACAGUGAAUCAGAGGCAUCCUUCUUGGGCAGGGAGAGCACUGCUGCUCUUCGGCAGUCAGUUACCUCGAGAGCGAUCGCCCCAGUGAAGGACUCCAUGCAGCCUCUCCAGCCCCAGGCUUCAACUUUUAAAGUGGCAAUUCUUGGCGCUGCUGGAGGGAUUGGACAGCCAUUAUCGCUUCUCAUCAAGAUGUCCCCUCUGAUCUCGGCAUUGCACCUCUACGAUAUUGCAAAUGUGAAAGGAAUUGCAGCUGACCUCAGCCACUGCAACACCCCUGCUCAGGUGCUGGAUUUCACGAGCCCUGCUGAAUUGGGCAACUGCCUCAAGGGAGUAGACCUGGUCGUCAUCCCUGCAGGGAUUCCCAGAAAACCCGGCAUGACCCGUGACGACCUCUUCACAAUCAAUGCCAACAUUGUGAAGUCCCUGGUUGCCGCUGUUGCAGACCACGCUCCUCACGCCUUCAUCAACAUCAUCAGCAACCCGGUGAACUCCACAGUCCCAAUUGCCGCCGAGAUCCUCAAGAAAAAGGGCGUAUACGAUCCUAAGAAGCUUUUUGGCGUCACCACGUUGGAUGUCGUCCGGGCCAACACCUUCGUCGCACAGAAGAAGAACCUCAGGCUGAUCGAUGUGGAUGUUCCAGUCGUCGGUGGCCAUUCAGGCAUCACCAUCCUGCCGCUCCUAUCAAAGGUGAGGCCAUCAGUGACCUUCACUGAAGAAGAAGUGGAGGAACUCACGGUAAGAAUUCAGAAUGGAGGGACAGAAGUUGUGGAGGCAAAGGCUGGUGGAGGAUCGGCAACCCUGUCAAUGGCCUAUGCAGCAGCACGGUUCGUUGAGUCCUCCCUGAGAGCUCUGGAUGGUGAUGGAGAUGUUUAUGAGUGUGCCUUUGUGCAGUCGGAGCUCACAGAUCUUCCAUUCUUUGCCUCUCGGGUGAAGAUUGGGAGGAAAGGUGUGGAAGCUGUUAUCUCUUCUGAUCUCCUGGGUCUGACCGAGUUUGAGGCUAAGGCCCUGGAAGCCCUCAAGCCAGAGCUCAGGGCCAGCAUUGAGAAGGGCGCCAAGUUCGCUCAGAAGCAAGAACCUGCAGGAGCCUCGGUCUGA